CAUGGCGAACGACGAGCUACUACAACGAGUUUCGGAGAUAAUGGACUCCAAAUUAUCAUCUUUCGAGAGAAAAUAACGAAACAGCAAAGACAACAGCAUGAGCAACAGCUUUCUAAACUUCAAGCAGCAAACGACAAGGCUUUUGACUUUAAACGAAAGGGAAACGAGGCUCAGUACAAAUUUAACAACAGCAUUAGAGACAAGCUGGUAGAGGCCAACACGGGUCUGAGCGAAGGGGAGCCAGAAGUAGCCUUUAAUUGCAUUUCCUCAGGUAUAGAGCUUAUUCAUCAGCGACAAAAAUUAAUUAAAUUAGCAGACUCAUCCAAGACGGACUGGCGCACCGUUCAAGAAUACACGCAGCACGAAUUAGCGUCUGACGAGGAGGAUGAAAAACGAAUUUUGAAGGCAGAAAUGAGGCCGAAAAGAAGUAAAAAGAGGAGCGGAUCCAAAAGGCGAGAGCGGCCAGACGCAUCAACCCAUACCCGGAGAAGUCCACACACACAAAAUCAGACCAAGUCAUACGAGGGCAGCAAAAAGUCGGGGACAUGCUUUAAAUGCGGUUUCGCCGGUCAUUGGGCAAAGGAAUGCACCAGCAACAGCAAAGAGACAAGCUCUAAGUUAAGUAAUUUAGAUAGUAUUGCUCAAAAUAUAUGCAGUAAUCAAGAAAGUGUAUUAUCUAAGAUUAGUGUUUUAGAUGGAAAAACGAAUGUACGCCGUUUUGUGGCCACUGUAGAUGAAAAUGUCAGUCCAGUUGGACGUUUGAGAAGUCAUUUGACAAAAUGGGUAGAAAUAAAGACCGAUAAGUACAUUUUAGAUGUAAUAGUAAACGGAUACAAGAUUCCAUUUAAAACUAUUCCAGAGAGUGUUUGUUUGGACAAUAACAAAUCUGCUAGGGAUAAUGUCAAAAUUGUUUAUUCCGAGAUUCAAAAGCUCAUUGACAAAGGUUGCGUAACACAGAUUCAAAAAGUGUCUGGUACCCACAGCAAAAUAUAG